CGUGAGGCAAACAGUUGAGUUCGCGCGACGGUGGUGCGUCAACCGUACGAAACGCUUCGCGCCUUCUUCCAUCUUCCUUUUUCUUUUUCCUCCUUUCCCGCGGCCAAUCAGCCUUUCUUCCUUCUACGAUUCUCACGACGCUGGAUCGAUCAUCGAUCUCAGUGUUCCGUCAAGACUCGACGAAAACAGGUUUUUGUUUCGGCUCACGUAGCGAGGAUCGCGAAGAGUCCCGUACGAAAUCGCACGCGACUUCGACAACGAGACCGGACAGCCGCGAGCCAGAAGCGGCAGGGUUAAUCGAAUAUCAAGGCACAAUAAACGCUUUACGAGGAAACAUCGACACGCUGGCGCAAAUUCUUCAAUAUAUCGUUACUACGUCAAGGCUGACCGAAAUAGGCAGGUCCGACGUGAAAUUAUCGCAAGUCGAUCCCGGACUCUGCCAAUUUCGUAGAGGAUACCACAAGAUCGUCCGCCAACACCGAACUCGAUAUGGUCGCUUUUCCGGACUCGUCGACUGAACCGGCGCUGCUGAACGUGACUGAUAUAAAGUUAAACGACUGCGUGGAUUAUAACGAGCAUCUAGCAAACAAACCUAAUGACAGGCGAGUUAAGGAUCACGCGUUCACCAUACAACGAGAGAACAUGUCGAACGGCAAGGAUAACUACGCUUUAGAUUUCGAUUGCAUCGAGAAGGCACUGGAUAACAAGCUGAAUGCAGUAGCCGACAUUAAAGCCGGGGCAGAAGUGGUGAAGAAAGUCGCAGCGGGUCUGAAAAGCCCUAACAGCCAAAAGAACAAAACGGACAUGUCACUGCCCAAUCUCGGUGGUGGAACACUUUCCAGUGGAAGUUCCAUAGUGACGAUCUCUUCAAUCGAAAAUUCAGAUCCCGAUCCUGACUUCCAUAAUAACACGGAUGGGUUUGGUAACAGCGCACUCAGGGACGAAAGAUGGUAUCACACCAUCCUUCAGGUCGCUGUGCCUUUCUUCAUCGCAGGGAUAGGUACCAUCGGCGCGGGCCUCGUGCUUGCGGAAGUCGAGCACUGGCCAGUAUUCAACACCGUUUCUCAAUUAAUCAUCCUGGUACCCUCGCUGUUGGGCCUGAAAGGCAAUCUUGACAUGUGCUUGGCCUCACGCUUGUGCACGCAAGCCAAUCUGGGCAAUAUGCACGGGUUUCGAGAGAUCGUGAAAAUGAUCAUCGGUAAUAUCGCGCUGGUACAGAUUCAGGCGAUCGUGGCGGCUGUUCUGGUAUCGAUUUUCGCGGUCGUGGCCGACGCGAUAACGAGAGGUAGCGCGUACACUUUCAAAUGGGACAAUUGCCUGUUAUUAACCACAGCGAGCGUGUGCACCGCCACGAGUUCUUGCUUUAUUCUAGAUUUCGUAAUGAUAGCAGUCAUCAUGAUCUCGUACAAAUGCAAAAUGAACCCGGAUAAUUUAGCUACGCCUUUGGCCGCCUCCUUCGGAGACGUCGUCUCAAUUAGCGUGCUAUCGACGAUCGCAUCGGCAUUGUUUAACAGAAUGCCGCUGGAAACGUGGAUUUUGUACGUUAUACUCGGCUGCUACUUCUUAAUCUUGCCAUUCUGGAUCUGCGUGGUUCUGAGAAACAAAUACACCAGGAACGUGUUAACGUCUGGAUGGGUCCCUGUUUUAUCGGCAUUGUUUAUCAGCGGAUUCGGCGGUUUGGUCCUCGAUCGAGUCAAAGACUCGUUCAAUGGAUUCGUGAUCUUCCAACCAAUUAUAAACGGAAUUGGUGGUAAUUUAGUCUCCGUGCAAGCAUCUCGAAUCUCAACUACGUUACACCAGACGACGAUUAUGGGGAUUUUACCGCCAGACUCGAAAAUAUUCAUUGCCCCGUGGAAUGCGCUGUUUAGAGGCUCGCUGUACGCGAAAACGGCCAGAAUACUCAUUUGCAUGGCGAUUUUCGGUGAACUAGUCUUCAUUUUUGUCGCCGAUUACAUGAAAAAUGGAACGUCCACGUUGCACAUAUACUUCGUUUUCUCUUACAUCCUCAUGGCUGUUCUUCAAGUUAUGCUGUUACUGUACGUGGCACAUAUAAUCAUUCACGCUAUGUGGCGAUACAAAAUCGACCCGGAUAACUCCGCUAUUCCGUACUUGACGGCCCUAGGCGACCUUUCCGGUACGAUAUUCUUGGCAGUGGCGUUUUGGUUCCUUACGUCUAUACAUCAGGAAUACGGGAAAUAGGGGAUCAAUCAAAGCGGCGAGAUCGAAGCGUAAGAAAAGUUACGUAUCAAUCUUUCCCUCGAAAGUGUAAUACUUGAAUUUCAACAACGCUAAAUCGGAUCGACGUGAAGAUGUUCGAAGUAACGAGGCAAAAGGAAGAUGAGGAUUAAUUAAGAGAAUGAGUGUUUCGUGGAAACGAGUACAGUGAGUUAUUACGAGACGAUCUGAUUGAUCCGAAACGGACAAAAUAGCAGGAUUGUUUUCCUCCAUUAAGGGACCAUCUUAAUGGUACGUUAGUCGCGUUAAUUAGUUAUGCUGCGUACACUGAAAAUAGUUGAUUAGAAAAAAGCGUCACUGUUCUUCGAAUAGAUACACUAAUAGGAAGAAAAAGUACAAUGACACUGCUUCUAACGUAAUUGGAUCGAGCAAUAUGCUCUAUCGUGAUGUAAUUUAUUAUGAUUCAAUGAUCGUACAGUCGUAAUUACAUAAAAUGGAAAAAAGAACGAUGAAAGAUUAAUCAUACUGACUGACGAUUGCCCAGAUUAACGAGAUGUGUAUUUAUUUAGAAGAUUUUAAUUAUAUGUAAUUGAAGUAUUUUAAAUAGAGUAAUAUGUUCACGUGCAUUGUACUUCCAAGAAAACCUUAAUAUGCAUAAGCAGAAGACCUAGUCAGUAUUUUAAC